GUAGUUUCAACAUCUAACUAUUGGACAGAUUAUGGAUGUAGUUAGAUGUUAUAGUUUAUUCUUAGAAACUCGUACAGAAAAUGAAACCUUUAAGAAAUACAAUACUGAAACUAUUAAUCUAAGAGUAUCAGUGGUUGAUUUUUCAAGUAAUGUAGUAGGACCACCUCAAGAAAUGAGAGCAUGGCUAGGUUGGACUGUUGAAAAAUUAAAGCAACAUAUAGGAGAAGCAUAUAAUCUCAAUUCAUCAUGUAUGAGACUAGUAAUGAGGGAGAAGGAUUACUGGAGUGAUAUUUCAGUCAGUGAUAUUAGUGGUGUAGGAGGUACUCUAAAGAAGGCAUUCAAGAUGAGAAGACACAACACUUCACACACUCAGUUGCUGUAUGUAUCAUCAGAUCCUGAAGAUUAUCAGAAAGGAUUCAGAGAUAGUUUGAUGUACAAAUGUAUUGAGUUUCAGUUCAAUUCAAUACUACUGGACAUUACAAUACCUCCUGGACCUAAAGCUGGCACACCCAUUACAACUAAUAGAAGAAAAGGAAGAAUAAUGAUGAAAAUUAUAUCAAUGGAAGAAGAAAAUAAAGGAAAAGAAGGAAGUAAUGAUAAAUGA